AUGUCCAACAUGUCCACCAAUAGGCCUUUUCUGGCCAACUUUCUGGCGGCGUUUCGAGCCCAAUCGACGUACAAGGCCUCGACAGCCGGCAGUCAGUCCGCGGCAGGUCCAUCGUCCUCACUCUCUGCCGCUCAGAUCUCUCAAGGGGCCCGAGCAAUAGCCACCAAAGCCGGUGCCGGCUCGAAUGCGACCACUUCAGCAGAGCAAGCAUCCUCCUCUACCACUGCUGCCGUGCAAGCAGCAUCGAACCACCACUAUCAUCACCACUCUUCCUCUGCGGCUGCCGCAUCUUCACAUGCUAGACCUCAUUCCCACCCUCGACCGUCGCUGAAUCAGACUUCCCCGAGUACAGAAUCCCCUGCUUCUUCCAUCUCGACCCCUCUAGCUCCGUCUUCCCCGCCUACACCUGCCUCGUCAAAUCCCAUACCCAUCGCGGACGGUCACGACCGCCAACGGCGAGGGAGUGACAGUUCCAGUGGAUCUGGAGGCUUCCGGGAUGCCCUUGGCCCGGAGAAGUGGUAUAUUGGCGGUCGAACGGCAGCAGGAGAGGAGCGCUUCUACCGGUUAGGGAUGGUGACCAAAGGUGGUGGACGACUGGGAGGUAGUGGACGAGUCGGGAGCAUUGAUCAGUUGAGCCUUUGA